GCGGCCUCCGGCCCGGCCGGAGCCUGGUGUAACCCGUCCGCCCUCGCCAGUGCCGGAGUGUCAGUGCCCCGCACGGGGGGGGGAUGGAUGUUGGUGGUUUUGUUUUAAAUCCUACAAACGGUGCGCACGUGCUCAGAGCUAAGCGCGAGGAGGUGACAUGGAAUCCACACUCUUGGAGUGAAAGAGAAGAAGUGACAUUUGAUAAAUGGAAGCCAUGAAGAUAUCAAAACUGUUCUAUGGUUUGGGGAUUUUUGCAUGUGUAGCUAUUUAUGUUGUUUAUAUGAAAUGGCAUUUGUACGCCAAACCAAUCUCAGGUACAACAGAAUGUGCUACUGGAAGUAGGAGAGGCAAACUAGACCAUCAGACAUUGACGACUGAUCACUCAGUGUUUUAUGGAAUUAUGUUUGAUGCUGGAAGCACUGGAACUAGAAUACAUAUUUUUAAAUUUACACAGAAAUCAAAAGAGACUCCCAAAUUAAGCCAUGAAACAUUUAAAGCACUGAAGCCAGGACUCUCUGCUUAUGCUGAUGAUGUUGAUAAGAGUGCUCAGGGGAUACAAGAACUUUUAGAAGUUGCUAAGGAUGAGGUUCCUAUGGAGUUGUGGAAGUUUACUCCUUUGGUCCUUAAAGCAACAGCUGGUUUACGGCUAUUGCCAGGAGAUAAAGCUCAGAAGUUGCUGGAUAAGGUAAAAGAAAUUUUCCAGACAUCUCCUUUCUUUGUAAGGGAUGACUGUGUCUCCAUAAUGAAUGGAACUGAUGAAGGAAUUUCGGCCUGGAUCACGAUCAACUUUUUAACAGGUAGCUUAAAUGCUCCAAGAAACAGAAGUGUAGGAAUGCUGGAUUUAGGAGGUGGAUCAACACAAAUGACAUUUCUUCCAAUCACUGAGAUCACUCUCCGGACAUCACCAGCUGGCCAUAUCACUUCAUUUCAAAUGUUUAACAACACAUACAAACUGUAUUCAUACAGUUACCUGGGACUCGGGUUAAUGUCAGCAAGGCUUGCGAUUUUAGGCGGCGUCGAGGGACAAGCCUUAAAGGAAGGAGAGGAGCUAAUUAGUCCCUGUUUAUCACCCAGCUUCCAGUGUGAGUGGGAACAUGCUGAAAUAGUGUACAGAAUUAAAGGGCAGAAGGCAGGUGAGCCUCUGUAUGAAUCCUGUGCUAACAAAGUAGCAGAACUGCUCUACAAGAAGGUGCAUAAAACAGAAGUAGUAAAGGAUUUGGAUUUUUAUGCUUUCUCCUAUUAUUAUGACCGUGCAGCAGAGGUUGGCCUAAUAGAUAAGGAAAAAGGAGGUAACCUAACAGUUAAUGACUUUGAAAUUGCAGCCAAGUAUGUGUGUAAGACCAUGGAGGUGAAGCCAGGAGACAAUCCUUUCCUCUGCCUGGACCUCACCUAUAUCAGUUUGCUACUGCAAGAACUGGGCUUCCCAAAAAGCCAGGUGUUUCAGCUUGCCCAAAAAAUUGACAAUGUCGAAACAAGCUGGGCUUUGGGAGCCAUCUUUCACUACCUUGAUUCACUUCACAGGCUGCAAUACUAAGGCUUCUGGGCCUAAACCCUCAAAAGGAUUUGAGUACUUCAGUCUAUGGGUACCCAGUCUAAGGUGGCUUACAGGUGACUGAUUUUGCUCACUCUUUGUGACAAUCAGACCCUUUUAAAAGGUGAUCUUAAGUUGAGCACCCAAACUCCCAAUUUAUGAAAAGGUAGAGCAUGGCAGCUAAAGAAUACCUCCUUGAUCUCGCAGUAUCUGCAGAAGACUUGAUGUUAAACUAGAUCAUCUUGGUGAGAAUUCUGGGAUUCAUUGAGGGGCUUUGUUCCCAAUGCAACUACAAAUUCUAUGAGAAGAGUACACCUUUGUGGAACAUGUCUGUGUCAUUUUUGCUUGUAAUAUGCUGAGGUCAAUGUUAGAAAUGGCUACUCCAGACAUGCCGCCUCUUUUAUGGUUCUGAUUUAUAAUGUAUUUCUUUGGUAAUGGUCUUUGGUGAAUUUUUAACUCUUUAAAUGUUUGAGAAUUAAUUAUGUAAGUGAAGACAAGGGCAUUGCCUAGCCAAGCUGCUGGUCAGAGCUGAUGCUGGCUUUGGAAUGCAGCGUGGGAGACUUGACUCUGCUGGAGUAUGGCUGAGCUUUGGGCUGACCAUUCCAGCAGAACUCAGGUGUGUUGUGGAGGUGACGGGCACACUUAAGGAUCCCAUUGCAAUCUAUGGGAGCUCUUCAUUGGCCUUUAAAGGCUGAGGUACGUACUUUAGGCACUUGCUGUUGGAGGUGGGGUGGUGGAACUCCAUUUCAGUCCUUUAGGGGAGUCCCUGGCAGCAUGACUUGACUGGGACUGUAAGGGAGACAGGGCUUUGGAGUUGGUACAGGCCUCCUAUAGGGGUGGAGCCUCCUGCUGCUCCCCUGAGAUCUGCAGGGCUUGGGGGGGCCAAACCCUUACCACCACUCCCAAGUGGAAGAAUUUGGAGGACACACCGCCAGAACCACCCACUUCCUCAGGUCCCCUCCUGCUGGAUUUCCUGGGCAGUUGGUAUUAGUCACCCUAACAUGAACUGUUAAAUAGUAAAAUGGGUAGUUCCUAGAUUUGUGUGUUGGGGGGGAUCAGGGCAUGUAUUUUAAUCUUCAAUGAUGGUGAGAAGAAGCUGUCAUGUGGUUUUGUGGGAGGCGGUACUAACGCAUGUCCACAUAUACUUGAGGUUUGUUGGUGCUUGAAUAGGGUUAGUUCUUUGUUAAUUAACUUCACACAGGAAAAAUCCUGAGCCUGGAGUAUCUGUGGGUUUCACCCAGGCUUGGGGUGGCUUUUACAAGGCUGGUUUGGAACCUCAAGAGACCGUUUCUAGUAAACAGUGCUUGGAGUGCCUCUGUCUGCCUUUGAUAAAUGAAUGUAUUGUUGCUGCACUGAGCAUGGAUGGCAAGACUGACCUGUGAGGAAGCAGGAGGCAUAGCCGAGGUGGUUGGUACUUUGAACGCAAUACUUCUAUCAGUGUACUGUAUAGAGUGAAGACUGUUCCUAACUGUGCAAUAGGAAAACAAUUUGUAAGUUAUCCUUAAGUAGUGGAUUGCAUCAGGUUAAUAUGUAGUCAGCAUAGACACUAGCUGGUUCUUAAAGGGCCUUAUCCAACGCCCCAUACUGUCACUAAGAGUUUGUCCAAGGAAUUUGGAUUAUUCCCUAAAUGAAUAAAGCUAGAUCUUCGCUGCCUGAGAAGCACAAACUUGGUGUAAAACCCAUGCGGGAAACUAUCAGAUUUUUCUAAAAUGUUGCUCUGCUUGUCAUUGGCUUUUUCUCUGUAAAGUAGCAUGUAUGUGAAUGUAUGAUGAUUAUUUGAAAACUAUUUUAUUGGCAAUAAAAUUUUAAUUACAAA